AUGCGCGUGCAGUGGACGCACGGCUACGCGAGCGCGCCGAGCGGGUUCGCGCGGUGCACGCACGGAUUCGGGGAGAUUCUGGCGGGCAUGCAGCCCGCGGCGUGCGAUUUGAUAAUGCGAGAGUGCUUCGAGGCGACGGAGACGCGGAGCGUGCUGGAUCCGUUCGCGGGUGGAGGGACGACGCUGGUGUGCGCGCAGACGCUCGGGUGGCGCGCCGUCGGCGCGGACGUGUCGCCGUUGGCGUGCUUCGUGAGCGCGAAUAGAAAUUGGCGCGCGAGCGAGGAGGAGGUGGAAGUGAUGCUCGAAAGCGCGCGGACGGUGACGGAUCGAGCGGGGACGAGGGAGGAGAAAGACGGAGCGAACGAUGAGGACGCGAGCGACGUCCCGAGAUCUUGGCGGGCGGUUCGGGACGCGUUGAGGGAAUACUUGGCGAGCGAUGCGUUCGUCGGUGCGCCGCGCGUCGCCGAGGGGUUGUGGUUUUGCAUGUCAGUCGCGCUGCAAAGGACGCAAAAGUCUCAAAACAAGCGUCGGCAUAAGGGUAAGAGUAAGGGAAAACGCGGCGGCGGCGGCGACGACGCCUCGCGCGUCAAUGCGGAGACGUUUCUUAAAACUGUCGAGGAAUACGCGAAUCGUUUGGAGCAGUUUCGAGAGGAAUGUGCGAAACAUGCGGGUGCGCCCGCGCCGCCCGCGUCGAUUCACAACGUCGACGUCAGGAAAUUCAAGCUUUCGGCGGAGGACAAAGUCGACGCCGUGUUGACGUCGUGUCCGUACCCGGCGGUGUACGAUUACUUGUCGUUCGCGCGCAAGGUGCGCGCUGGGAGCGGUGCGGUCGUGCCAUCAUCCGCGUCGUUCUCGGCGCGAUCCGGUCCGACGUCCUCGUACGUCAACACCGUCGUUCCGGGAGACAGAAAUUGGCCCGCCGGUUGGACGGAGGGCGAAAUAGGUUCUCGGCGCGCGCUCCGUUCCGAUCCUUACGCCUUCAAGGACGUCUGGCAGCGCGAACAAGAGGAAUGGCUCGCCGUCGUCGCCGAUUCGCUCACCCCUCGCGGUCGCGCCGCGAUCAUGGUCGGCGACGGCGCAAACAUCGACACUCGCGCCUCCAUCGUCGCCGCCGCCGCCAAAUUCGCCCUGCGCGAAGUCGCCGGCUGCACGAUGAAGCUCACGACCACCACGGAGGAGGGCAGGGUGUACAACCAGGCUCGCACCGAGCACUUAAUCCUAUUCGAUCGCGCGUGA